GGCGGAUCCAAAAUAGGAAGUAGGGCGUCCAAGGCAAGCUGAAAUGUCGAUGUCUGGUGAGCGAGACGAGCGAAGGCGGGGGUGGCGGCAGAACAUGGAUAUGAACUGGCACGGGUGAGGAGAUUGGAAACCGAGGCGCGAUCAUCUUCUAAAGAUGAGAAAUGGGAGUGGUGAGAAGCCGCGCUGCCCAGCGGACUCAACACGCUGUGCAUCGCGUCGAUGGUCGACGGUCCACGACAAGUCGUGAUCAGUAUUGUGAUGUCAUCAGGCUAACACACCACAACUCGACGCGCUUCCAACCAUCUCGCUCUCUGGUCAAACAUGGCAGACGCGUCAUCCUUGUCCAUUGGAACGCACCCCGAGAUAUCAUUAGGGAGCUUCGAUGACGAUCCACUUCAAAGAACUCCCGCAAAAGUACGAGUGCUAUCUGCUUCUUCUGGUACCUCUGUGCCUUCUUCUGCUCCCCUCGACACGCCAUCACCGCCUGGAUUUUCGCGCCGUGCCACUGUAACAGUCGCGGAUAGGCCGGGCUACUUUGAUAAUGCCGAUGAAGAUGAAGGUGCUGAUUAUGGCGUCGGAACUCCCGUUGCAACGCGACCGAAGCGUUCGGCUAGGCCAUCCGCCGCCGCGUCCAAGGGGGCGCUCACUUUACGAGAUCAGGAAAAGCACAUAGACAAUUUGAAGAAGGAGAACUUCAAUAUCAAAUUGCGCGUACAUUUCCUUGAAGAGCGCCUUGCGCAGCUAGCACCAGAUCAAAUUGAUGCUGCACUGAAACAGAAUAUCAGUUUGAAGAUCGAAGUUCAGCAGCGUGGCAUGGAGCUGAAAAAACUCAAGAAACUGGUUCUUGAACUGGAACGUGAGCUGCAACGGGCCGGUCCUAAAACUAGGAAUCAUCACCGAGAACGGGAGCUAGAGGACAAGCUAGAGGAACGGGAACGGGAACUACGAGAACUUCGUCGUCGUGCAGCAAAUGAUGCCUCCGAUCCUCUUCUAGCAGAGCGCAAUGCAGAACUGGAGGAACAAUUGGACAACAUGCGUGGUCUGCUCGAAGAUAAUAUGGACGAGCUGGAGCGAUUACGCGAUAUUGUCGAGCGUCAGAACAAUCAAUCUGAAGAAGAUCAUGUCGCAGCGCUUGAGGCAACCGUCGCCGAACUCCGUGAUCAACUUUCCGACCGCCACAAUGAGAACGAAGAUCUUGCAGAUUCUCUCGAACAAUUACGUCUGGAGAAUGCCGAAAUCCAGCAACAGCUUCAACGGACGGAAGCACACGAGCGCUCUGCAAGUCGAGCGAUGAUACUGGAGGAGCGCGAAGAGCGCGAGGCAGUGGAGGACGAGCUAAACAGUGCUCGCGACAAAAUUGCUGCCGUCUUGAUUGAGCUACAACAGAAGGAGGACGAACUGGAAUUGAAGACCACAGAGAUCGAUGAACUUGUGGCCGAGCAUGAUCGAGUCGUGGCUGUUGUUGAAGAUGAAUGGAGAGGUGAAGUCGAGGAGGCUAGGAAUCAAGUUGAAGAGUUGCGCGAUGUGCUCGCAGAGAGAGACGCGGAAGCAAAAGAUCUCCGACUCAAUAUUGCUGAAUUGGAAGCGAACACAAACGAUUUGCACACAAAGUUCGAAGCAGCUCUGGCGCACCUCGAGCAAGAGGCUGACGACCGGGACACCGAGAUCGAGAAACUUAGUUUGCAAGUCGAGAACAAGGACGCGGAGAUUGAGAGAUAUGCCGAUCAAUUGGACAGCAAGGAUGCUGAAAUCGACAGGCUGGGAGAGCAGAUUUUUGUUCUGGAGGAUGAGACCGACCGGUUGAAAGAAGCCGUCGAUGAUGAUGGCGCCGAGCGCGAGGGACUGGAGGGGCUGGUUGCUGCAUUAAAGGAGAAAAUGACUGGACUCAAGACAGAGCUGGCGGACAUGACAGCGGCAUUCGAGGAAUCCAACGAAGUCAUUCUAGGGCACCGAGCUCGUCAGGAAGAGCUUGCCACACACGUGGAAGACCUAGUCUCGCAGCUUCAGGUGUGCAAAUCCACGCUCGACUCCACGAAUAGGGAGCACGCCAACGACUUGCGUGAAAUCAAGCGCAAGCUCGAUGCCAAGGAAUCCGCCCUACAGAGCGCACUAGACGAUCUGGGCCGGACACAGGGACUACUCAGUGCUCACGAGGCAGAUCUUGCUGCAGUACAGACUGCAAUGCAGUCUCUCGAAGUUGAUUCACGACGGGCCGGUGAAACUGCUUCAACGGCCCGGUUCUCCUUAGAACUGGAGCUCGAUCGGGUUCGCCGAGACUUGGAAAGAGUUGAAGCUGAGCUGCUGCGAUCACGAGCUGACCUCGCGAAUAAAGACGCUCGUGGUCGAGCUGGAGAAGAGACUGUGGACUCCCUGCAUGCAGAAUUACUCUCGCUCAAAGCCGAACUGAGUGCACAAACACAGGCGCGUUUGAAUGUCAGCGAGCGCUUGGACGCUGUUCAGUUGCUGCUGAGGACAUCCGAAGCUGACUCGAUAGGCCAUAAAAAGCGUGUGGCCGAACUUGAGGGUCGUCUCAGCAAGGAGCAGCGAGCGCUACUAUCGACAGAGGGCCAGUACCGGGAUCAACUCACAGAACGCAAUACUCUGCUGCUGACAAUCUAUCAAUAUCUUGACCGCAUCCUUGGUGUCGAAAAAACACCUAAGAAAGGCAGUCAAGCAGAAACUAAACCUUUCACCAACUUUGGUGUUUUCCAUGACAAUCUCAUCUCUCGUUUGAAGACACUCAGCGGAAUCCAAAGCCAGUUUGACAAGCGAGUGAAAGAUGCCGAAGGGCGCUUUGGCGAGAAACUAAAGGAGAUGAACAAGCAGCUCGACAUGCGAUGGAAACAGAUCGACAAGUUUGAGGCUGGGGUCAAGGGUUAUGCUGAGGCUAAAGCUGGCUGGCGGAAGAAGAUGAGCGUGAAGGAAGGCGAAGUCGAUGCCUUGCGAGCCACCAACGUCGAUCUUUCUAAUCAGCUCUCUCGGAAACAGAGCUCCUCUGAUCCGAUGGAAGUACGCUCAUUGUCGACACGAGCUGCAAAUGCAGAGCGGCGACUGAACAACGCCCAGAACCAGCUGUUGGCGACCGAGGAGAAAGUUGCACUGAUGACGCAACGCAGUGCUACUGCAGACUCAAAGUGGGAAGCUCGGGUGAAGGAAUACGAACUUCGCCUGAAAGCGGCUGAAGAACGGGUCAAACGGGAACGACAAGGCGGAAAGGAGCGAGUUGCGGAACUGGAAAGCAACAUCAAAAUCCUACAACGUCAACUCGACUUGGCUCUCAAACGAAGCCACCAAUUGAAUGAAGUCGUGGACGCUGCCCAACUGCCAGCUAGUGGGUCUGCCAACUCUCUGCUAGUACCAACUCUCAAGCGUUCCAACUUUGAUUCAACUCAUAUGCCACCCGGGGGCCGCAAGAGCAGCAUCGGACUUGUGCGCCGGUCUGCGGCCCAAAAGUCCCAUUUGCCAUACCGUGGAGACGAUCCAAACGUCGGACGCAAGACCGGUGUUUCAAUACAACCUAUUCAACAGGACUCUGAUGGAUUUGAGCCGUUCGACCAGCUGAUUGGACAAGCCGAUGGACUCCAGCUAUCACAAAAGCAUCAGAAGAGGAAGAAGAAUAUCACCAAUGAGAAGCGAAUAGAAAGUAGUGAGGAACAGGAGGAACAGGAGGAGGGGUACGGGGAGAUGAGUAUGGACGUGGAUAGUGCGUUCUUAUUCUUCGCAAAGCAAAUCAGACUCACGUCGAGUGCAGGCCCGGUUCAAAGUUACUCGAAUGUGCGCCCGCCUCCAUCGCCGCGCACACCUCGUCCUCGACCCGUCGCUCGCACGUCUCAUGUUGAUUUCGAUCGGGUUCCUUCACCCAAAUAUCGCUCUGUGCGGAAAUCUCUCCCCCUUUCGUCCCAUCUUCGUGCUCAAGAGCUAUUCGACCUGGAUGAGGAGGAGGAAGAUCGCGCCACAGGUGCUGGCUACUCGCCUCGUGAGGUUAGCUUCACUGAGAUGGAUUCCCGCAACGAUUUAGACGAGGACGAAGACCCAACCCCCAAGAAGAAACAGUUAUCCAACAAGCUCAAAGACAAAAUUCGUCAGUCGGUUGCUAGAAUCUCCUCGCCAGCAAACCAAUCCCACAAUCCGUCGCCGAACAAGGGAAAGCGCAAGGCUGUUGAAGACGUCUCCCCAAGCCAUAGCAAACGCCGGGAGUUUUUGCAGGAACUAUAUGAAACCGAACGCGAAAUGACCCAAUACGAGCCGCAUACAAUUCAAAGCGAUCGGGAUCUGCCACCGUCGGACCCAAUCCAGGCAGAAGUGGCUGAGGAGCCUGCACCCUCCCCGAAAUUCAAAUCAUCGAACAAGAAAAUGACGUUGAAACCUUCUACUUCUCUAAAGGAAAACCGCGAAGUGCGUACGAAGCGCAGCCCACCUCUAGGCAGUGUUCGCCGAUCCAGCCGCGUGCCAUAUCCUCCGCUCGAAUGGUGGCGGAAUGAGAAAGUGGAGUAUGGUGGCCGAGAUCCAAAAGCGGGACCGAUUCUCGUUCCGCGAAUCAAAUCUAUUAUUCGUAUACCCAGGGAACCUGUGGUUCCGUUGGGUACGAAACGACGUGUGAGACGACGGUCGACGCCUGGGCCCGACAAGCCAGUGAAAAUAGUCGAAAAGAUCGUAGAAAAGGUGAUCGAGAUCGAGAUCGAGAAGUUGGAUCCAGAGGCAGGUUGGGAUGAUGAAACAGAUCCUUUUGCUACUGUCGUGGAUUUUCCGGGACCGGGAGAGAUUCGCAGGCAGGUCGCCUUCACAGCGAAAAUGUUCAAUCCCCAGAAUGCCGCAAACAACGAUUGGUCCUUCCAGCAAAUUUUCCUAGACGGCGAAUUCAUGGCUGCCGGACAAAUGAUUAUUCCAUCGAAAUCCCGGAAGCCAAGCAAGCCGACCAAGGAUAACACUUUUAUAUUCUAUGUGGUGGAAGGAGCUGUUAAGCUUAGAGUGAAUCAGACGAACCUCCUGGUUGCCACUGGCGGUAUAUUCAUGGUGCCACGAGGCAACACAUAUUAUAUCGAGAAUGUCGGCAACCGGGCCGCCAAACUAUUCUUCACCCAGGCCCGCAAGCCCAAGGAAGCUGACGAGGGGCUCCCAGAACGCAGCUCUUCUCAUGUAGCGCCGGUGGGCCGCGCCGUGUCAGUCGCAGGUGGUAAUCCAUCCUAUCGUCGGGAUCCCAAUGUCCCUUACCUCCAGCGAGGCAGGAGUGCCCAUGUCUGA